AUGUAUGGUCUUCCAGAGGAAUCUGUUGGAUGUAAAUUAAAAGGAAAAGUUGUCUUAAAAAAUUCGAAAUCUCUGUUGACAAAACAUAUGGUAUUUGUAUUUCUUGGAAAGGCAUCAGUGGCUUGUGGUCCUCCAAUGGAUACAUCAAGACCAGAAUAUAGUGAAUCACAAAUAAUUUAUCGGAAACAAUGUAUAUUUCAUAAGUCAGAACUUUCAAAUGAAAAAAUUCCUGCAGGUAUACACGAAUAUCAUUUUGAAUUCGAUAUUCCAGGUCACUUGCCCUCUUCAUUCAAAAGGGCACGUGGGAAAAUCGAAUACGCUUGUUAUGCGAUUCUUGCAAGACCAAUAUUUUGUAGCGAUGUUGUUACAAAGAAAAUUGUCACGCUCAAUCGAAGCCUAACAAUUAAUUCCCAACAAAUGAAUUUAGAAGUAGGUACAUUUAAUGAUAAAAUAAGAUAUAAAAUCAAUACCCCUUUAAUUGUAUAUCGAGAAGGUGGAUUAGUUUCAGCUAAUAUAACAUUGGAAAUUUUGGAUUCGAAUUCAAUGGUUGAACAUAUUGAGUAUGGAUUAAAAGAAGAAAUUAGUUAUCACACUACCGGUGAACAUGAGAUGUCAGUUGCAGCGAGUAUCAAUGAGGACAGGUUUCCUCUUGGAAAAAAACGAACAAAAGUCGUCAAUGCUUCAGAACCAUUAAUAAUUAGUUUUCAUUUGUGUCCUUGGGUAAAUUGUGAUUUAUAUUCCGAGUUAAUUGAUAUUGAACAUAAAAUUGUGUUGACAUUUGCAGUUAGCGAGAAUAUUUCAAUGGAGGAAGAUAUUUGGUCGAAUAUUCAACAUGAUCAUAGAAGUUCUAGACUAUCAGCACGCUCAUUUUCUUUAUUACCUUUAUCACUUAACCAUAAUGAGGAUAAUGAUAUAAAUCUCAAUAGAAAUCGAGCAGCUCGUUCACGUUCUUUAUUACCUUUGCCACGUAAUCAUAAUGAAGAUAAUGAAAUUAACAAUCGAAGUAGAGCACGUCCCCUUUCUUUAUUACCUCCUUCGAAUUUUCGAAGAUUUUCUUUUCAAAAAGCUUUACGCGGAACACUAGGCGAAUUGGAAUCGAAGACUAAAAAUUUUGAUAUUGAAAUUCCUAUAAUAGUCACAACAAAAUCUUCUAAUAGACCAACACAAAUAGAACAAUCACUACAACCACGAUCAUCAACAUCAUCUUACGAUGAACCACCAACUUAUGUUGCAGCCACAAUAAUUCCCUCACCCCCAAGUUACGAUGAAAAUGAAAAUUAUCACUAUAAUAACGAAUUGGCUUCUGCUUUAAGAUUCAGACAUUUAAUUGAUAAUAAAGAUAAAUCUGGUUCACAAUCCUUAAAUAAAAAAAUAUAUUAUCUUAAACCAAUACAAACUGGAUAUCCUGAAUCAUCGGAUUCAAAAUUUUUGGAAGACUUGAUUGAUAAAGAUAUGAAUGUUAAAGUAAAAACGUUGUACACCUAUAAAAAACCUUUGAGUCCACAUCUUGCCGUUGGUAAGAAGUUAGUAAAAGAUCAAGAUAUAUUGGAUUCAAUAAAAAAAUAUAUUUCAAAAUGUAUCUUUGAGUGUAAGAACCAUAAAGGAAUUCUUUUCUUAGAAACAGCUGGAGGUGUAGCAAGUCCGGUGAUGUCAGGAACUCUACAAUCUGAUUUUUAUCGACCUCUCAGAUUGCCAAUAAUUCUAAUAGGUGACAGUGAUCUUGGCGGGAUAUCUACAACAAUAUCUUCUUUUGAAUCAUUGUAUUUACGUGGUUAUGAUAUUCCUCUAAUCCUUAUGUUUGAAAACAUACAAUUGGAAAAUCACAUGUUUCUUAUAAAUUAUUUUAAGAAUUUUAUGAAUGAUAAUAAUAAUGUGCUAAUCGAGACAAUACCCCCACCACCACUUCAAUUACCAGAUCUUCACCACGAUCAAUCUCAAUUAAAGAAUUAUUUCUCUCAAAUUGAUAAAAAAUUGAUAAAAAUUAUGAAAAAAUUAAAAAUUUGGCAUCAUAAAAGAUUCGAUAGAUUAGUCGAGAUGGAUGAAUUGGCAAAACAAGUGGUAUGGUGGCCAUUCACUCAACACAAUAAGGUUAAAAAAGUAAAUGUGAUCGAUUCUGCUUUUGGAGAUUUUAUGGUCAUUUAUAAUAAAAAUGAUAAAAAUGGAAAAAUUAAGAAAGAACAAAUAACGAAGAAUGGAAAGAAUGAAGGAAAUAGAAAUGAAGAAGAAAAUAGUAAAAAAAGAGGUGUGUUAAACGAAGUGUUUGAUGGGGCAGCUAGUUGGUGGACUCAAGGUCUAGGACAUGGUUCAUCAAAAUUAGCAUUGACUGCUUCUCACGCAGCCGGUCGUUAUGGUCAUGUAUUAUUUCCUGAGUCAAUAAAUGAGCCAGCAUUAUUGCUUUCUCAAACAUUAUUAAGAACUGUAGGGAAUAAGUGGGCGACACGUGUUUUUUAUUCUGAUAAUGGCAGUACAGCGAUGGAAGUUGCCUUAAAGAUGGCAUUAAAAUCUAGCUCAUUGAAAUAUAAUUUUGAUGAGGAUUUGAAAAUUUUGGGUUUGAACGGUAAUUAUCAUGGAGAUACUAUUGGAGUUAUGGACGCAUGUGGGCCUAAUAUUUAUAAUCAGCAAGUUGUAUGGUAUACACCGAGAGGGGUAUGGCUAGAUCCACCACAAAUUCAACUAAAAAACAAUAUAUAUAAUUUAACAAUCCCAUUUACAAAUCAAAUAUUUCAAUAUUCAUCAUUAAAUUCAUUAUUUUCUCCAUCUCGUUUAUGGUCUGAUCCAGUUUCAUCUAUCUAUAAAAAUUAUAUUGAUGAAGUAAUCUCUAAACAUAUAAAGGAAGGAUAUAAUUUUGGUGCAUUGUUAAUUGAACCUAUUUUGAUGGGAGCAGGGGGAAUGAUAUUGGUAGAUCCAUUAUUUCAAAGAUUGUUGGUCAAGGGUGUUAGAGAGUUUAAUAGAUGGGGCAAUUUAAGAAAGGAUCAGGAAAGAGAGAAAUGUGAAGAUGAAAAAGAAUGGAAAGGAUUACCAGUGAUUUUUGAUGAAGUAUUUACAGGACUUUGGAGAUUAGGAAAAUUAAGUGGUGCAGAUAUUUUGGGAGUGAAUCCUGAUAUAGCUGCAUAUGCAAAACUCUUAACAGGUGGUUUGCUUCCAUUAGCUACCACACUUUCAACCGAAUCAAUAUUUAAUAAUUUUCUUGGGGAUACAAAAGUUGAUUCAUUAUUACAUGGACAUUCUUAUACUGCACAUCCAAUUGGUUGUAUGAUGAUUGGGAAGCUAUCAUGUUUACCAAAUGUCAAAGGACUAUUUGCUAUAGGAACAAUAUUAGCUAUUGAAUUGAAAGAUAUUGAUGGUGGUGGUUAUGCUUCAGAGGUAUCAUUAGAAAUCAUAAAACAAUUAUCAAAUUCAAAUUACAGUAAGGAUGAUAUCAAAAUAUUAUCAAGGCCAUUAGGAAAUGUAAUUUAUUUGAUUUCCUCUUUGAUUAGUGAACCUUAUAAUAUUAGGAGGUUAGAAAAGAAGUAG